GAGGACGUGGGAAAGAUGGGGUGGGCAAAAGGGGUGGUGGAUCGGACAGGGGAGAUGAUUUCGUUCGUGCGCAACCAUCAUUGGACGCGCGCUUACCUGAGGACCCCGGAGUUGGUGGAGGGGAAGGUGCUGCAGCCGCUGAAGCUGGCGGGAACACGACGGACGCAGAUGCCAAGGGGAUGAUGGGCCGGCUUUACGAUGUAAUGCUGCAGCUUACGGAGGAUGUCAACAACCUCUUGGACGAAGAUGAGGAGCAGCUGAGUACCACGGACAAGGUGCAGAUCCGUCGCAUCAUCAAGAACCGUUGGGAUAACAACCUCGCCUGCGCCAUGCACGUUGCUGGCCGAAUCCUCAAUCCCGCCAACCAGGAGGAGGACAUCUUCGGCAGCGACGCCGAAUGCACCCGGGUUUUCAAGGCAUUUAUCAACCAGCACGUGGAGUUCCUCAUCGGCCACGACGGGAAGGGGAGGGAGGAGGAUGUUGAUUACUUGCUUGCCUUGGGUGACGGGCUGAGGGCUUUCUUGGACCUGAAAGGAAGUUUCGGGAUGCCGGAGGCGCUUGCACAAAGGGCGGAGGUGAAGGCGGGUAAAUACUGUGCAGCAACGCAGCCGAGCAGCAGUGCAGCAGCGCAUCCGAGCAGCAGAGUAGCCGCGAAGCCGUGCAGCAGCGUAGCCGCGAAGCUGAGGGUGGUGUGUGGAGGGGUCAUCAUUAAGCAGAUUGAAGGCAAAGCACAGCAGUACGAGUGUAAGUACUGCUUCAAUGUUUACACCGGUGCAGUCAUUCGUUGCGCGCAGCACCUGAGCUCGUGGAAGGGAAUGAAGCGUCGCGAGGUGAUGCUUUGCAAGGAGGCACCGCAAGACGUACGCAAGGAGAUGCGCACCAAAUACGAAAACCUGGCUGCCGCGAACGAGGAAAAGCGCCGAGCAACAUCUGCUGCGGUUGCGGCGGUCCAGGCUGGCGGUGGGAAGCGGCGCAUAACCGACUACUUGGAGGGAGAUGCUGCUGUGGCUAAGCGGGAUGCUGACGAGGGCCUUGCGCUGAUGUUUGCGGCCUGCAGAAUCCCGGAGAUCACCAUAAACCACCCGCUGUUCGUCAACGCCAUGCUGCUCGUCAACCGCGCCGGCCCCGGCUACGUCCCCCCCAAGAGGAGCUUCAUUGGCGGGGCUGGACUAGUCGCUGUCCGCAAAGGGAUUGAGCAGGGGCUGAUGGGGAUUAAAACGAGCUGGAAGAAGACGGGGGUAACAAUUGCGUCCGACAUGAUGACAGACAAAUGUGGGAGGGCGCAAGCGAACGUCCUUCUGAUUAACGACUCCGGCGCCGUCUUCAAGGAGGCAAUCGACUGCGGUAUGGAGCGUAAGACAGGGGGAUACGUAGCGGGGAUUCUGCAGCCGGUGGUGGAGGAGUUAGGACCAGAAAAUGUGGUCGCGUUUU